GGCGCUCUUCCCUUCAUGUGAGCGCGGCACAUAGAAGAAGCCGUAGAAUAAGAGUUGGCAUUGUAAACACAAGGAUAUGGCUGACGAGGAAGGCGGAGGCGAAGACAACAUCAACGACAACAUGGGGAACCAUCUGCAUCUUCUACCAGGCAACGAGGAAGAAGAGGAGGAAGAUGACAUGGAGACUGAGGACCGAGACAGUGACGAGGCGGAAAAGCCCAACAUCAUCACCUUUGACCCCAGUCUUCCCACAUCUCAUGCGUACCUGGGUUCAGACAUGGAGGAGUUCCACGGGCGCACCGUGCAUGAUGACGACAGCUGCCAGACCAUCCCUGUGUUGCCUCACACAGCCGUGAUGCUGGUACCGGGUCAGACGCUGCCCCUGCAGCUCUUUAGGCCGCAGGAAGUCAGCAUGAUGCGCAGCGUUAUCCAGAAGGACCGAACCUUUGCAGUGCUCGCACACAGUGAUGCAGGUGAGCCCGAGGCCGAGUUUGGAACAACAGCUGAAAUAUACGCAUACCGAGAGGAGCAGGAGUACGGCAUUGAAACCGUCAAAGUGAAAGCCGUUGGGAGGCAGAGAUUUAAGGUCCAUGAGAUAAGAACUCAAGCUGACGGGAUCAGACAAGCUAAAGUGCAAAUCCUCCCUGAACGAAUCCUUCCAGACCCGCUCUCUGCCGUGCAGCUGACGCCCCUGUCCAGGCUCCACAUGUCCCCCUCUUCCAAACCCAGAGCUCAGGGCUGUAAAGAGGCACAGCGCUGGUUGAAUCAACAGAGGAAGUUUCACUGUGCCAGCCUGACUCCAUGGCCACCCUGGGUGUACUCUCUCUAUGACUCUGAGUCCCUCAUGAACAGAGUGAAAAAGCAGCUCCACGAAUGGGACGAGAACCUAAAGGAUGACUCACUCCCAACAAACGCCGUAGACUUCUCCUACAGGGUGGCGGCCUGUCUGCCCAUAGAUGACGCUCUGCGGCUCCAGCUGCUCAAGAUUGGCAGCGCAAUCCAGAGACUCCGCUGUGAGCUUGACAUCAUGGACCGGUGUACGUCAUUGUGCUGUAAACAGUGUCAGGACACAGAAAUCACAACAAAGAAUGAGAUCUUCAGUUUGUCCUUGUACGGCCCCAUGGCUGCAUACGUCAACCCUCACGGUUACGUUCAUGAAACUCUGACUGUCUACAAAGCCAACAACCUGAACCUGGUCGGCAGACCCUCCCCACUGCACAGCUGGUUUCCAGGGUACGCCUGGACCAUCGCUCAGUGCCGGACCUGUGGCUCUCAUAUGGGUUGGAAGUUCACGGCCACCAAGAAGGACUUGUCUCCGCCUCGCUUUUGGGGUUUGACCCGUUCGGCUAUGAUGCCCCGCAUCCCGCAGGGGGAGGGCGAGGACGGCAGAGAGGGUUCUCGUGUCUUCUGCCAGUGACUUCAGACCUUCCAGUCCUCCUUUAAAAAAAAAAAAAAAGAAAAAGCCUCGAUCUCCUGUCAGUGUCUAGCUGCAAAUACUUUCUUACUUAAUAGUCAUCAGUGCAUCACAAAAACUGUCACCUCUGGCAGGAAAUCCAUCACCAUAAUGGAUGGGGUUAUGGGGUCUUUGAAUGGCACAUUUCAGAGUAGAUUUUAUGAGGUCGGAUGAAAUAAUUGCUUUAAUGAGCUUAAGUUGCGGCAGCGAGAUGUUGCUAGUGAGAAAGAAAAGGAGGCUGACUGGGAACGUGCGUUUAACAUCUCUGCAUGCAGCAGCUACACAUCAAGCUGUUUUUUUUUGUAUACAAAGCAAUAUGGCUGAAGGUUCACACACCUACACACAGACGCAAAAUGGUUGGCUGAUUGCAUCGUGCUUUAUGAUCUCAACUGUUCUCUUCCUGCAAUGCAGAGUCUCAACUGCAUGCAGCUGGCACCUCUAUGGCAGCCGCUUAAUCUAGUGAACUUGUAAUUUCAGCUGUUUGUAUCUGAGAUAUUUUAUCUGUCAUAGAGCAGCGAGGAGAAGAGCACUGAGUUGAGGUUCAUCUCAGUAAUUUAGAAUAUCAUUGAUAUGUUCAUCUAUUUCAGUAAUUCAGUGUAUAUAGAUUCAGUACACACAGAGUGAUAUAUUUAGAAUGUUUAUUUCUGCUAAUGUUGAUGCUUUUGCCUUACAGCUAAUAAAAACACUACAUUCAGUUUCUCCGAACAUUAAAGGUUUAAAUAAAGUGAAAAGGGAUUUUUAUGCAGAACUGUCAGGGCUUCUUUUGCAUGAAUGACUGCAUCACUGUAACAUGAAGGCCCCCAGGUUGCCUGUAGGAAGAAUAAUAAUUUGGGUAGGCAUUUGUCUUUUUUAGCACAGGUAAGACACUUGUGAUGUUGUCUCUGGUUCUGGAGUGGUUUAACACAAAGACAGCUGUAGUUCAAGUUCUGGAUACUUCUGUGUGGUAGCUCUUAAGGCUCUGACUCCCGCUGGGGUUUAUGUCUUGUUAAUCUUCCCCCAAACUCUUUACUGGGCUCGAGGUUAUCCCUGUUGGUUGUGUACAUUUUUCUACCACAGUUUUUCCUUCCACCCAACUUUCCAAUAAUAUGCUUGGAUACAGCAGUAUAUGAGCUGCCAGAUUCUUUCACAAUGACCUUUUUGUGGCUUAUCCUUUGCUACUGUGAAAAUCAUAUCAUGGUCGUAGCAUUUCUGGAAAUAUUUAAACUUAAUGUAUUAUUUCUGAGAAACUGUUUUUUGGUGUUUUCAUAUUCUGUUAGCAAUAACCAGCAAAAUUAACAGAAAUAAACACUUUAAAUAUAUCAUUCUAUGUGUAAUGAAUUUAUAUGAAAUGAGUUUCACUUUCUGAAUGUAAUUAUGAGAGUAAAGUAACUUGUCAAUCAUAUUUUAAUUUAUUAAGAUGCACUCAUGUAUAUGUAGAUCUAUGAUAAGGGGCUAUUUUUGGAAUGUUAGAUCUGAUGUUAUUUAGGUAUGCAAGAGUUUUUUUGGGGAUUCAUUUAACAUUCUUGCUGAUGUGUAGAGAAACUGCAGGUAUUUAUCACAGCUAUGUGUGUUUUUUUUUUUUUUUUUUUAUCUAAACAAAAACCAGGUGGUAGUACCAGUGAUCAUAAUAAUGUGUAAUAUACCUGAUAAAAUGUGCUUGAUUUGCAUUGAACAGAGGCUGGUUGUCUCAUCUGACGAAAUGCUUCAGCAGCCAAGCGUUAUCUCUGGUUGCACAAGUGAACAUUGGAUAUGUAUCUGUGCCUCAGGGCGGACUGUUUUAUAAAGGUCAAAGCUAAUUAAGACAGAGAGCAAAGCGGAGGUCUUGCCCUUCUCCAUUUAUUUUGUUCAUGACAUGUGGCAUGUUAAAAAUGCGGUGCCUACUCUCCAGCUCGACGUUCCUUUUGUUGCUUUGGGAAAUCUGUGAACCAGUCCUGAACAUAAGCUCAUAAACAGCAACUCGAUGAUAAGAUUCACAGCUUAUUGUUUCAUAAUAUCUGGGUUCUCUCAAGUUUGUUUUUCAUCCGUUUUUGCCGCUCUGCAGCAAACAUCCUGGGUCUUUCUGUGUAUUAUGUAACUGUUAUUCUACUGAUUUGUAGAUUAUCAUUUGAGCACAACGAGAAAUCAUACAAAAACUGGGAAUGUUGCUCUGCAAACAAUUUUUGUUGUUGUUUAUGGUUGACAUCUUUUAGACAACGGCUUCUUUUUUUUUUCCCUUCACUUAUUUGCUAAGGAAGAUGAUUAUUUACACAGCUCAUUUAAUCUUAAUCAUUCAGCUACAAACAACUCAAAUUAGAGGAACAGUUUGCAUGUUUUGUCUCAUUUCUCUGACUUGUACAAUAAAACAAGAAGUCCACA